GCAGGGUUGCCAACGAAGCGAAAAAAAAAUUAAAUUGACAAUAAACCGAAAUUUUCAUAACAUUUCUGGUAGUUAUAUCCAUAAAUAUGAGUCUGGUGCGUCUGCGGUCGUUGCGUAAUCUGGAAUGUAGCACUUUUGGCUGCGUCUGGAAUAAUAUCACUCUUCGCAGCACCGCUGUGACUGCCGGCAAAAACAGCAACCACCUCAGUAACCCGGCCGCCAUUAGACCGCUGAACACUCUUGCUGGAGGCAGUACAUAUCCCAUUCUAACCAAGAAAUUCGUUUUUACUGAACCAAAACGCCAUUACGCGAGCAAAUCUGUUGCUAAGAAAAUGGAGGAACACUGCGUAGUACCCGACGUUAUUGAAAAGGCUCCGAAGGCCACUGCCACUGUGGAUUAUCCAUGCGAUAUCAGCGUAAAGCCGGGCCAGGUGCUGACCCCCACCCAGGUGAAGGAUGAACCCUGCGUUAAAUGGGAGGCGGAUAGCUCGAAGCUUUACACCCUCUGCAUGACCGAUCCGGAUGCCCCCAGUCGCAAGGAUCCCAAGUUCCGCGAGUGGCACCACUGGCUGGUUGGCAACAUUCCCGGCUGCGAUGUCUCCAAAGGGGAGGUGCUUUCUGCCUACGUGGGUUCAGGUCCUCCGCCGGACACUGGUCUUCACCGAUACGUCUUUCUCAUUUAUGAGCAGAAAUGCAAGCUCACCUUCGAUGAGAAGCGUCUGCCGAACAACAGCGGCGAUGGACGUGGAGGCUUCAAGAUUGCAAACUUCGCCAAGAAGUACGACCUCGGCAAUCCCAUUGCCGGCAAUCUGUAUCAGGCAGAGUACGACGACUAUGUACCCAUUCUCUAUAAGCAGUUGGGAGCUUAAUGGUCAAACCUUGAGUGAUACCCUGAGCAGCAUAAUUAUAUAAUUGCACCACGAAUUGGAUUCAAAAACUGCAAAUGUAUUAUUAAAGAAUAUGCUAUAAAAGACUUUGUAACCCUUGAUGAAACGGGCAAUAAAAUUGUUAAGGAUU